UUGCUUUCUAUCCUUGUCUUGUCUUUCUUUCUUUCUUUCUUUUUUCUUUCUUCUUUUCUUUCUUUUGAAUUACUAUAUUAUCCCCUCUUUUUCUUUCUUUUGAUGAUUUUUUCCUUUUCUAUCAUCCUCCAUUCCUUUUCUCUCGUUGCUUCUCUAUCGCUUGUCUUUUUCUUUCUUUCUUUUCUUUCUUUCUUUCUUUCUUUCUUUCUUUCUUUCUUUUGUAUCACAUAUCAACUUCCUCACCCUCUCUCUCUUGUCUUGUUUCUGCUUACCUUUUUAUCGUUCUUUUUUCUCACUAAUUUCUUUCUUUCUUUCUUUCUUUCUUUUUUCUUUCUUUCUUUUGAAUUACUAUAUUAUCCCCUCUUUUUCUUUCUUUUGAUGAUUUUUGUUAGUAGUCCUUUUCUAUCAUCCUCCAUUCCUUUUCUCUCGUUGCUUCUCUAUCGCUUGUCUUUCUUUCUUUCUUUCUUUCUUUCUUUCUUUCUUUCUUUCUUUCUUUCUUUCUUUCUUUCUUUCUGUGCUCUUGACAUUUUCUUUCAUUAUUCCUCCCUUGCUUUGUUUCUUUCUUUUCCAUUUGUAAUUUUCAUUUUCUUUAAUUGUUAUUUAGUCUUUUUCUUUCUCGUUUUCCGUUUGCUGUUUUCUUUCUUCUUUCUUUCUUUCUUUCUUUCUUUCUUUCUUUCUUUCUUUCUUUCUUUCUUUCUUUCUUUCUUUCUUUCUUUCUUUCUUUCUUGUUGCCUCUUUAAUUUUUAUUUUGAGGUUUCUUUUAUUCAGUUUGCCAUUUUCUUUCUUUCUUUCUUUCUUUCUUUCUUUCUUUCUUUCUUUCUUUCUUUCUUUCUUUCUUUACACUCCCAUUACUCUUUCUUAAUUUCUUUCUUUUCUAGUUGCAUCUUCAAUUUUCAUUUGAGGUUUUUUUUAUUCCGUUUGCCGUUUUGUUUGUUUGUUUGUUUCUUUCUUUCUCCUCCCAAUAUCUAUCUAUCUAUCUAUCUAUCUAUCUAUCUAUCUAUCUAUCUAUCUAUCUAUCUAUCUAUCUAUCUUUCUUGUUGCCUCUUUAAUUUUUAUUUAAGGUUUUCUUUUAUUCAGUUUGCCAUUUUCUUUCUUUCUUUCUUUCUUUCUUUCUUUCUUUCUUUCUUUCUUUCUUUCUUUCUUUCUUUCUUUACACUCCCAUUACUCUUUCUUAAUUUCUUUCUUUUCUAA